AUGAAUACACAGCGCAGCCAGGAGGCAGCAGCCUCUGAUACGGCGGGGCCUGUCAACGCAGGAGGAGGCGGAGGAGCACCGGAUGCAGAGCGUUUGGUAGUGCUGCUGCAGCAGCAGCUGGAGCGUCUCUACACCGACCCUGAUCCUCAGAGGAAGGCAGCGGCGAACAGCUGGCUGCUCGAGUUUCAGAGAUCCUCCGCUGCGUGGGCAGUGUGCCGGCUGCUGCUGCAGCAGGAGCAGCCGCAGCUGCAGCUUGCAGGCGCCCAAACCCUCGCGUGGAAGAUUGACAAUGAGGGGCAUUUGCUCCAACAGGCGCACAAGGAGGAGCUCUCCGCCGCCCUCUUUGCUACUGUGAGGCAGAUGCAGCAGCACAUGCAGGAGCAGCAGCACGAGCUCAGCUAUGCCGUUGGCGGGAGACUUGGCCAUUGUUUUGCCGCGCUUGCGUUUCAAACGAUAGGCGAGUCGCAGCUACAGCAGCACGACGAGCAGCAGCAACAACAGCACCAGCACCAGCACGAAGAGCAGCAGCAGCAGGAGCAGCAACGCUUGGUGGAACCUUUGCGACAGCUCCUUGCGUUUGGAAGUGGCGAGAGGGCUUUUGGAGGGAUGCCCUCGUCCCCUGCCGAUGGCAGCAACAGCAGCACUCCCCUCGACGACGCAAACCUCCCGCUCACGUGGAGUUGUUGGAUCUCCUUAGCUGCCUUGGCUGCGAUUCCAUGCCUCCUCAGAGCAUCGGAUCUGCCGAGUCGAGGCGCAAGGCGACUCGGAGAUGGCGCUCAAGGGCGAGCUGUCGCACUAGCCCGUCACUCGGUGCUGACUUUUGGAUCUCGCGUGCUCGCGGCUGCAAGUGCCGCUGCGAGUGCCGCUGCAAAGCCUUCUACAGCAGCAGCAGCCUUAGCAGCGCGGGGAGGCAGGGGGAGCAGCGGCGUCGAGGCGCGCUGCGGAGAGGGCGCCUUGGUGCUUCUGACGGCGUGGCUGGAUGGCGCAGAGACAGCGGAUGUGCCCGUGUCUGCGCUGUGCUGCGCGCUGGGGGAAGCCGUCUCUCCCUUCUUCUUGAGCAUCGAUCUCACCGACUGCCUCGUCGCAGCACUCCCGCGUUUGCCUGCGUUUAUGGCUUUGUGGGGAGUUCAGCCCGCACCUGGCGCCAUAGAGGCUUUCUGGGGUGCGCCUUCUAUGCCGGCAGGCACGCCGGAGGGAUCUUUGCUGCAGCGUCUCCUGGUGGCUUUCCAGCAGCUCUCCCAGCAAGUCGAGGAGGAUCUCGUGCAGCUGCAGCAGCACGCGCGCAGCACAGAGACUGCCACCCUGAUACGGUGGGGGGGCGUGCUGCUGACGAUGCUGGAGGGGCACCCGCAGCUGCUGCUGCUGCCUGGCGCUGCCGCGGCAGGCAGCUUGCUGCUGCUGCUGUGGCGCGCGAAUCCGCUGACGUGGCUGCGCGUCUCCGCCUUCUGGGCGCAGGUGAAGGACAUGCGACGCGACGGGCUGCUGCAGCAAGACUUGCUGCAGCAGCUCGCGACGGCAGUUUCCCCCUGCUGCGUCUCCGCUCUGCUGCAGCACAGCCGUCGCAGCAACCCCUGCUGGAUGGCGGAAGGUGCAGCCGAGUGGGCACCCUUCAUGGAGGCUGCAGGAGACGUGCUCGCGGAUUUGUUUGCUCUGCACGAGGCGUGCGGGGAGAAGCAAGGUCAUGCCUUCUUGCUCUCCCUCUCCGCGCUGUUGCGUGGCGCCGUCGAGAGGGAAGACGUCUGCGAAGUCGAGUCUGUGCUGCUGCUGCUAGACGCCAUCAUCGAGGCGCUUAACCACAUCCCGCAGUCUCUCGCUGGCGCGCUGCUGCUGCUCCAGCGGCUGCCGCAGCAGCAGCACGUCGCCGUAGCCGCGGCGCUGCUGCUGCGCAAGGCGGCGAUCCACUUCACGGAGGAUCCGGAGUAUGACGGCUUGCAGUCGUGUCUCUCGAGGACUGCCUGCUGCAGCUUGCCUCUGCUGGCGACCAUUUGGCUAGUCGCGCUCAGAUCCGCCGCGCGGCUGCUGCUCCUGCACCCCCCGCUCCUCUCAGACGCCAUGCUGCAGCUCACCACGUGGGGAGGGCACCAUCUCGGAGUCGCCGCGCUCGAGGACGUGGAGAAGCAGGAGGCUGCCGUCAAUGGAGGCGCGCCGAGUAGCGCUGCUCCCGCGGAAGCCGCAGACAUCGCCGUCGUUGCAGACAGACGACUGCAGCAGCUCCGCGAGCUGCGCGACUUCGUGGCGGCAGUAGCGCCUCAGCAACUGCCGCUGGUCGAUGGGACGCUCCACGCGUCCAUCGUGAAGCUGCUGCAGCACUUUCUGCCGACAGACAUGGCGUGUCUCUUUUGUCAGUUGCUGCAGGAAACUGCGGAGGGCAUCCGCAGCAGCAGCGUGAACAGCAGCUGCAGCAGCGCGAACAGCGGCACUGCGCUUUUCCCCAGCGCGAGACACCCUCAAGCGGCGAGGCUGCUCGCCAGACUGGAUUGCUGCGCUGCUGCUCUCUUCUCUGGACGGGUUGAAGUGUCAAGGGGGCCUGCCGCUGCGGCAGCCGCUGGCGGCAGCAACGAGGUCAGUGCCGCGAGCGACUGUUUUGCGCUGCUGCUGCUGCGCUCUCCGAAGGAGCAGGCGGAGUUUCUGCGGCAGCACGCAGCUGGGUGCUACCUCUUUCAGCAGCAGCAGCAGCCGCUGCUUUUGAAGCCAGACACAGAAGACACCGCGCUGUGGGUGUACCUCCUGCAGCUCGUACGGGAUGUGCUGCUGCAUUGCGCUUCAACGCUCCCCACGGGAGGUGCCUCACGAGAACGCCUGUCCUUCUCGCAGCUGAUAGAUUUGCGAGCGCGACUCCCACAACAGCAGCAGCAACAGCAACAUCAGGCCGAAGGCGGGUACCCCGAGCAGCAGCAGCAGCAACGGCAGCAGCAGCAAGAAACAGAGACGGGGGGCGAUCUCUUUGUGCGUGCGUUGCGGUGUCUACGACUACUUCUGGCGGUUCUGGGUAGCCGGGAGGACGCUCAGGAUAUGUGGGGCGCUGUUAUUACCACUGUAGAAUCGUGCAUUGCAGCUGCAGCCGCAAAGCAGCAACAGCACCAAGGGGGUGCCGCUGCUGCGGCGAUCGCGCUUCAGGGUUCUUGUAUUGUGCUGCUCUCCGAUCUUUUGAGGAUUACGGCAGCAACGCCUCCGCUGCAGCGCCUUGUGAGGCAGCGCAUUGCGCACGACGCUGCAGCUGCUCUUGAGUUGUAUGUAUGUCUGAGCCACCAACUGCCACCUGACAUGGCGGAUGCGUAUGUACCUCUUUUGGAAUUCCUCUCUGCCCACGCAUCUGCGUGGGGGCCGCAGCAUCAGCAGCAGUUGCAGCAGGGGGGGGCAGAAGUAGUGAGGGAAACGAGUUUCUUCGAGUCUCUCAUGUACGAGCAAUCGCUACUGCUGUGUUCUCACAUCCUGCGGGGUGAUGACGCGGAGGUCGCGAAGCGCUGCUUGGGGUUCUUGUAUGUUUGCUGCUGCUGCUGCCCUAGGCGACAGCGGCAGCAGCAAAUGGAGCGGCAGCUGCACCAGCUAGUUCCUGCAGUUCUCGGCUCGCUGGGAGUCUGGGGUAUUGAAACUUUGGCAGUGCUCUGGAAGGUGUUCGCGCAGUGGGGGGAGCGCUACAACAGCACCCUCUUGUUGUGCGUUUCCUCGUGGCUGCGAGAAAGCAGCACCAGCAGCGGCAGUGGCAGCAGCAGCCGUUCGCCGCUCCAGCAGCUGGAGCCUGUGCAGCAACAGCUCCUGCUGCACUGCCUAGAAGUCUUUCGAGGGCCCAGAAUAAGACAGCUCCUCCAGGAUAUGUGUCUCAUUGCUGCGGGGGUGUCGUCCCCUGCGGAUGCUUUGGUGGCCUAUGAAUUCGCUCUGCACGACAGCGGAGCUGCGCGCCACUGCGCAGACUCUGCAGCAACAGCAGCUGUAGCGCCUUUGCUAGUAGUUGGUGCGCUCUAA